AUGGCUCCUAUGAAGGUUCAACCGAUUGCGAUCGACAUCGAUUCUGAGAAGGCGAAGGAUGCAGUGGUGGUUCGUAACGAGUCCGUGUUGAAGUCGAGGCUGAAACGGUUGUUCAUUUUCGACCGUCAGUUACCGAAGAACAGCAAAGAUGUAACGACAGAAUUUGAACCAAGUUCGGUGUGCUUGGCAAAAAUGGUGCAGAAUUUCAUGGAGGAACAACCUCCGGCACCCAAAUGUGGUCGCAAUCGCUGCAACUGCUUCAAUGCGAAUAGCUCUGAUGAGGACGAUUUCGACCUCUUCGGUACCCCGCCCCCACCGGAAUCGUCCAAUGCCGAUGCAGCUGAAUCCCUCAAGAGCUUGAUCCCUUGCGUGAGUGUCGGAGAGAGGAACCUGUUAGCUGAGGUGUCGAGAAUCGUCGACAAAAACGGCAAGUCGUUUAAGGGGAAAGAUGAACUGAGAAAGGUCGUCGCGGAAGCACUUUCUUCAGUGUUGGGUUAUGAUUCUUCCAUCUGCAAGUCUAAAUGGGAGAAAACUUCGUCCUGUCCUGCUGGUGAAUAUGAAUUCAUAGAUGCAAUUGUGGAAGGUGAGAGGUUGAUCGUGGAUGUGGAUUUUCGAUCUGAGUUUGAGGUGGCUAGAUCUACAGGAACUUACAAGGCGAUUCUUCAAUCGCUGCCGUUCCUCUUCGUUGGAAAAUCGGAGAGAUUGAAGCAGAUAGUGACUAUUGUCUCGGAAGCUGCCAAUCAGAGUUUGAAGAAGAAAGGAAUGCAUGUUCCGCCGUGGAGGAAGCGCGAUUACAUGCUCGCAAAGUGGCUCUCUCCGUCCAGUGUUAGGGAGAAGCAACCCCCAUCCUCCUCCGUGCAAGUGGUCGUAUCUCAGCCGGAAACACUGUCCUCCGGUGAUGCGGCGUCGACGGAGAGCGAUUGCGGUGAGUUGGAGCUGAUUUUCGGCGAGGAAUCGUCGCCGAAGCACGAGAUUGAGUCGGAGGCAGAUUCCGCCAAGGAGAAGGCAGAGUCGCCAUCACCGACUCCGGUGUGGCAACCGCCAGCGGUGAAGCCGAAGAGCGUUGAGAGAGGGACGAAGGUGGUUACCGGCCUGGCCUCUCUUCUCAAGGACAAACCAUAG